GAUGCACUGGGUGUUGCAAUGGAGCUUGAUAAAGUCUUAGAUCGAUCAGAAUUGGACAGUAAAUCAGCAGAUGCUAUCGAUGGUUUACUCGGUAAAGUAGCGACCUUCCGAAAUGAUCUACUCAAAAAAUUGAUAUCAACGUUCCUCAAAAGUGUUAAGAAUGCCUACAAGGCUGCCAGUGGAGUAAGUGAAGAGGACAGGAAUAAAAUGAAAAAUGAGUUGGAUGAAAUAUCAAGUCAAGUAAGAAGCGAUGUUAUGAAAGCUUUGGCUGAAACGACGAGCAACGGUCAUACAGUGAUGUUGAAUAACCGAUUAAUGAAGAUGAGUGCGAACUCAAGAGAUACUUACGGACAGAUUAUGGGUUCAAGACUUGAGAAAGUUAGUUUUUUCUUUCGAUUCAUUGUUGCACCAUUCAAUGGAUCAUUUCUAUAA